GCGCCGGCGGCGGUUCCGCCUCGCGCGGUGCAGGUGUCAACGCCCCCUGCCCCACCUCGGGCGCGGGUUUCUAUUCGCUGCGGCAGCCAGCGGAGUGGACGGGCGGGAGGACCGUGUUUCCGACACUCUUACCUUCUGGAUCCGUUUCAGAGCCAUGCUCCCGCUGCUCGGGCCCCACCGGCCCCGUGGGGCAGCCUAGGGCGGCCGCCUGGGCCGCAGCGCUGCACGCCGGGAGCGGCGAUUUACGCGUGCGCGCCACGGUGCACUGUGGGUAGCUUGUACGCGCAGCAGUCCUGGGUCUGAGAACCUUGUCGCUCACGGUCAGUUACUCGGCCACCGUCACUGGGCCCUGUGGCUCUGGUUUCUGCUAGGCGAGGGCCUGGGCACCAGGACGUGCCUGACACCGCAGGUGCCACACGCAAUGCUCUCUGCCCCUACCUGGGCUGUCACUUAACUCCCGAGCUUAGUGGUUGUCAGCUCUGAUAGAAGUGGAAUUACUGGUCAAAGGGCAUUCAGAUCUGGGAGAAGUGGCCCCAGAAGUAAAACCUUCAGACAGCCAAACAUCUGUGGCAAUUGCAGAUUUGGAAUGGAGAGAAAUGGAAGGAGAUGACUGCGGGUUCCAUUAUGGAGAUGGUACAAACGAGGCUCAGGACAAUGACUUCCCCACAGUGGAGAGAAGCAGGCUUCAGGAAAUGUUGUCCCUGUUGGGACUGGAGACAUACCAGGUACAGAAGCUCACCCUCCAGGACUCCCUGCAGAUCAGUUUUGACAGCAUGAAGAACUGGGCUCCUCAGGUUCCCAAGGACCUUCCCUGGCAUUUCCUCCGGAAGCUGCAGGCACUCAAUGCUGAAGCCAGGAACACCACCAUGGUGCUGGACAUGCCUCCAGAAGCCUGGCCUGCAGAGAAGGAGAGCCAGAUGGAGGAGGAGAUGAUGUACUGGGACCCAGCUGAGGACGUGGCCGCUGACAUCUACUCUUUCUCGGAGCUGCCCAUGCCUGACACGCCUGUGAACCCCCUAGACCUUCUCUGUGCCCUCCUGCUGUCUUCGGACACCUUUCUGCAGCAGGAGGUCCUGCUGCAGAUGUCCCUCUGUCAGUUUGCACUCCCCCUUGUGUUGCCUGAUUCUGAAAACCACUACCACACCUUUCUGCUCUGGGCCCUGCGGGGUGUUGUGCGGACGUGGUGGUUCCAGCCCCCGCGGGGCCUCGGGAGUUUCCGAGAAGACAGUGUGGUCCUGUCCAGGGUGCCCACGUUCGCAUUCGUGCGAAUGGAUGUCAGCAGCAACUCCAAGUCCCAGCUGCUCAAUGCCGUGCUCAGCCCGGCCCGCCGGCAGGGGGAUUGCUUCUGGCAUCGGGACCUCAAUCUGGGCACUAAUCCUCGAGAGAUCGCAGACGGGUUAGUAGAGAUCUCCUGGUUCUUCCCCAGUGGUAAGGAGGACCUGGAUGUUUUCCCAGAGCCCAUGGCCUUUCUGAACUUGAGAGGUGACAUUGGCUCUCACUGGCUGCAGUUCAAGCUCUUGACAGAAGUCUCUUCUGCUGUGUUUAUUUUGACUGACAACAUCAGCAAGAAGGAGUACAAACUGCUGUACUCCAUGAAGGAAUCAACCACAAAGUACUACUUCAUCUUGAGUCCUUACCGAGGGAAACGGAACACGAACCUGCGCUUCCUCAACAGGCUGAUCCCCGUGUUGAAGAUAGACCACUCUCACGUCCUGGUGAAGGUCAGCAGCACGGACAGCGAGGGCUUCGUGAGGCGCAUCCGAGCGAUCAUGUGUAGUGUGGCUCGCUCUCCCUGCAGGAGAGUGUCUGUGGAGGACAUGGCAAAUGCAGCCCGUAAAUUAGGACUCAGAGUUGAUGAGGACUUUGAGGAGUGUCAGAAGGCCAAGGCCCGGAUGGAGAAGAUUAUCAGGAAGAUCCAGGAUGUGGAUGCCUACAAGAGAGAGGAGCUGCGGCUGCAGGGCGACCCUGCAAGGAAGGCAGCCCAAGUUGAAAGGGAGUUCUGCCAGCUCCAGUGGGUCUCAGAGCCCCCAGAGAAGCACCGGGCUGAGCUGAGACGGCGGGUCCUAGAGCUCCGGGUGCAGCAGAAUGGCCAGGAGCCCACCUCAGGGGUACAGGAGUUCAUCCUAGGAAUAAGCAGCCCCUCCCCGAGUGAGAGGCAGUAUUUCCUGAGAUGGAUGGAGUGGGGGUUGGCUCGAUUAGGCCAGCCCCGGCCAAGACAGCCUCCAGAGACCCUUCUCACCCUGAGACCAAAGCUUGGUGGGCCCUCAGACUUGACGGAGCCACUCUGGCCUGAGCCCUUGGGAGUGGAGCACUUCCUGCGGGAGAUGGGCCAGUUCUAUGAAGCAGAAAGCUGCCUGGUGGAGGCAGGGAGGCUGCCUGCUGGCCAGAGGCGCUUUGCCCACUUCCCAGGCUUGGCUGCGGAACUGUUGCUAGGUGGGCUGCCCCUGGAGCUGGUGGAUGGGGCCACCCUGAGCAUCCCUGUUCAAUGGGUCACUGGGCUUCUCAAGGAGCUGCAUGUCCGCCUAGACAGGAGAUCCCGACUAGUGGUUCUCUCUGCCCUGGGGGUGCCGGGCACAGGGAAGUCUACUCUCCUUAACACCAUGUUUGGCCUCAAGUUUGCCACCGGAAGGAGCUGUAGUCCCCGGGGGGCCUUCAUGCAGCUCCUUCCUGUAGCUGAGGGCUUCAGCCAGGACCUGGGCUGUGACCAAAUCCUGGUAAUAGACUCUGGUGGUUUGAUCAGUGGGGCCGUGUCCUCUGCUGGAGACAGGUUCGACCUGGAGGCUUCCUUGGCCACGCUGCUGAUGGGGCUAAGUAAUGUCACUAUGGUCAGUUUAGCUGAAACAAAGGACAUCCCACCAGCUGUUCUUCAUGCAUUUCUGAGGCUAGAAAAAAUGGGGCACAUGCCCAACUAUCAGUUUGUGUACCAGAACCUUCAUGACCUGCCUGUUCCCAGUCCCAAACCAAGAGACAGGAGGCAGCUCCUGGAUCCGUCCGGCGACCUGAGCAGGGCUGCUACUACUCACUUGGAGAAGCAGGGUGGUGGCUUCCGGACAUUGGCAGGCCUGGCCGAGAGGCAGCACGUCUGGCACAUCCCAGCCCUGUGGCAUGGCGCGCCACCCAUGGCCGCUGUGAGCUUGGGCUACAGUGAGGCCAUUUUUGAAUUGAAGAGAUGCCUAUUAGAAAACAUCAGGAAUGGCUUGUCCAACCAAAACAAGAACAUUCAGCAGCUUAUUGAGCUGGUGCGGAGGCUGUGACUGUUUUGACUAUAGGGCCUCCUGCUGUGGCCUGUUGUGACAACUGCCAGUAAGGCUGUGUCUGGCACCUGAGAGCUGGCUGGUGCUUGCUGCUCAUGGGGCAGAAGGCCAGUGACAGUCAGGGGUGAAGGGCCUCUUCACAGUGUUAAGAAGCAAUCGCAGACUAGCUCAGAAAUAUCAGAAUAAUCCGAGGCCAGGGUGGGGUGAUAUAAGCAGUAAGUUGAUCUCUGUUCCUAACCCAUGACAAGGCUCCUGGCAGUUGGGCCUCUGGGUAGCUGCUCCUUCACUGACCUCUGAAAUUAGGGAACAGCUCCCUUAGUCACUGCACAUGCUGGUAGACAGGGAUGUUUCAGGUUGUCUCAAGAAAGCAGAAUCCACACAGGUCCUUUGUGGACCAGCCUUGAAGGUUUUGGUGAUGUGGCACUGAGCUGAUAUUCUGGUGUGUAAAGCACUCUCUGACCCUUGCCCAGGACAUGCUCAUCAGUUACCCUUCUGUGGUCCAGCACUCUGUCAUCCUUCCUCAGCACUUCCUGGCACAUUGUCACGUGUGUUUACCGUCUGCCCCCAGACUGUGAGCUGCUUGAGGGCAGGGCCGAAGCACCACACAGCUCUCGGUCCUUAGGACCAGGCACACAUAGGCGCUUAAUAAAUGUUUGUUGAAUCAAUGAGUUGAGUGAAUGCUCACACGAUAGUAGUGUGCAGGUUCUGCCUCCCCGUGCCUUCACUGUCCUCGUGCUCAGGACAGCAGCCUCUGCCUGAAGAGGGCCUGGGGAAUAGGCUGUUACUAGAAAUAGUACCUUCAUAGCAACUUCAGCACUUUAGUCAUUACCCUUCUGUGGUUGCCAGAAGGAAAUCCUAGACUGCAUAGCAGGACAUGAGAGAAUCUGCUGUACAUUCUAAAGUCUUCCCCAACGUUCUGAAAUGUCUCUGCAGCAAACUAGCCACUGUUUGAGACCGAUACUCUGUCAGGGAUCCUUAGGCCCUUCCUGCGGAUCUUCAGCUGGGUCAGCCAUCACUUAGUAAGUUUCAGAGCCCUGCUCCACCUACAUCUAGGCCUGCGAGGUUCUACCUAACUCCGUCUUGCUGAUGAGUUCUUGGGCUUUCCUUUCAUCUAUGAUUUUUGUCUUCAGAGAAGUCAGGCAGUGGCUGAGAACCUCUCCUGUGUCUGGUCCCUUUACUAGAUUGAGCAAAGGUGCCCUUGGUUCCAGGGUUCUUGCCUACUCUCUGAUCUGGAAUCUUUUCUUGAACCAAAGGCCCACUACAGUCCUCUACUAGCCUGGCUCCCUGGGUUUCCCAGAUGACCACUAGGUGCCCUGGUGAUCUGAUGGUAGGUCUGGCCAUGCGGUAAGAGGAAAAGCAAUCCUGAAACUUGGCAAACCUGUUGCUUGACUAAGUUUAGGAAAGGGGGAAUUUCUGAUCUGCCUAGAAUGUUAAAAUAACUUGUAACCUGCCGAUUCAGUUAGAAAUAACAAACCUUUCUUUUCCAUUUAAAAUAUUUUAUUUUUGUCAGCUGGGUAUGUUGGUACACACCUUUAAUCCCAGCACUAAGGAGACAAAAACAGGUGGCUCUCUGGGUGUUCAAGGCCAACCUGGUCUAUAUAGUGGAUUCUAGGAUAGCCAGAGCUACAUAAUAGACCCUGUCUAAAAAUAUGCAAACAAUAAUUUAAAAAAAUUUUUUUUUAUCCUACCAUCAUCGUAGAACCUUCCCUGGCACCCCUCCUACACUGCAGGAAUUUCAUCCAGCAUGUUCCUAGCUCAAGUUCAAGCACAAGGAAUACCUCUUAAGAAUUGUUGCAUAUAGGGGCCUAUGAGAUGCAGUGGGUACAAACAUAUGCAGCAAAGCAUGACAACUUAAAUUUGAUCCCUGGACGUCACAUAAAACUGGAAGGAAAACCAACCCCAUAAAGUUGUGCACUGACACCCGCGUGUGCCAUGCCACCCAUGCACACACGUCAUAAGCACACAGGCUACACAUGCUAACAACACUAGGGUAUUUGCCUGCAGAGUCCCUCCUCCUCCUCAAAGUUCAAAGAUUGUUGAGUUUCAACUUAAAAAUUCAUUCUUCAAAAAUAUUUUAUGCUGUUCCUAAAAUCUGAGACAAGGAAGGCAGGAUUCAUGACAGCUUAGAAAAAGAUUCUCUAUACUGGGAAUGGUGGUGCAUAGCUGUAGUUCCAGCACUUGAGAGAUGAGGGAUCCAAAGUGCAGGGUCAGCCUGGGUAUUCAGCAAGACCCCCGUCUCCAAGAUGUUUGAAAGGUUCUUUUUCAUAAGGUCUGUCCACUGCCCAGAAAUUAAAUUCAAUCUUUACUCCUAAGAUUUAGAUGCAUGCAGUUUGUAAUUUUAUAACUUUCAUCAUAUUUUCAAAGGGACACAGAUUAGAGGACAGGGUGUGGUGGCACAUAUCUGUAUUCUGAGCAUUUGGGAAACUGAGCAAAGAGGAUGGUUCAAGGCCAGCUUGGGGUACACAGCACUUAACUGAACUGGAUUCUGUCUCAGCUCUCACGUGGUUGCUCAUAACUCAGCUUCUCUUCUGCUCUCCCACCCAGCUCCAGGCACAAAUAUAGCAUGUAUACAUAAAUUCAGGCAAACACACACACCCUCUACUGCGAACUGUAAUCAUCUGAGGGGAUUUCAGAAAACACAUGUACCUGCUUUCCUACAGGCUUGUUGGGCCCUGUCAGAGCUGAGAGCAUAGGCUAGUGGCUGUCACAUGAAGAAUAAGUGCUUGUAUCUGAGAAAGCAAUACAUACCCCAGGCUUGACAUUGGGCCUAGAGGGGUCAUUCCUUUGGGGCUCCUGGCCAAAGCUGCUCCCUACCUUGCAGUCCCUUCCUUCAUUCUAACAUGGUUCUGAACCUUUGCCCUAUCAAAAGUGGUGUGAGAACCCCAGAAAUAGAGUGAGCUCGUGCUCUGAACUAGGCCUGAGCCCAGCUCCUCUGUGACUCCAGAGCCUCUGUGGCCUCAUCUAUAAUGGGAUGAGGUAGUGGAGGUACUCCCUUAGCACGAUGGAAACAGCGCAGUAAAACAAGUGCAUACUGUAGGAAAAAUGUCUCCCUUUAAAAGGUUCCGCUUGGGGCUGGGGGAUAGCUUGGUUAAGAGCACUUUGCUCUUGCAGAGGACCUGCAUGUAUAGCAUCCAUACCAGGCAGCUUUCUACUCCCUAGCUCCAGGGAAACCUCACACCCUCUUCUGGCUUCCACAGGCACCUGCACACACCUGGCAUAUAAUCACGAACACACAUACCCAAAAAUAAAUAUUAAAAGUGAAAUUUCCACUGGUUGUGCUGGGGAAAUGGCUCAGUGGGUAAUUUUUUAAUGGGCAGUGUGUGAGAUUCAGAAUUGGGAGGCCUAAUGUGCACAUAAAGACCUGUAAUCCCACUGCUUAAGGGAAGGAGAUGGGCCUGGCUUGGUGAUGCACGCCUUUAAUCUCAGCACUUGGGAGGCAGAAGCAGAUAGUUUUUGUAGCACAUGCCAGGCUGGUCAAAGCUGUACAGUCUUCAUGCCCACUCAUGAAGUCCUCCCCCUCCCCCGCCUGAGGAGAUUUUGUCACAUCACUUUAGGGGUUCAAGAGUAGCUCAAGCCAGCCUGGUCUACAGAGUGAGUUCUAGGACUGCCAGGGCUACACAGAGAAACCCUGUCUCGAAAAACCAAAAAAAUAAAAUAAAAAAAAAGAGUAGCUCAAGGAUGUUUUCUUCCUCCUCUCUCUGCUUCAGAGAACCAAUAAGACAAAAAGAAGCAAAAGAAACAGUAAGACCCCACCAAGCAGUCAAACACAGAAGGCAUGUGACUUCUGUGAUAUGGUAUGAGUUUUCAUGGGUGGAGCCCAAAGCCUUCCGCUUGUGCCCUACCACCAAGCUACAACCUCAGCCCCACAGCAACCAGUACUGUCCCCAUUUUACAGAUGAGGGAGCCUGGACACAGGGAGUUUGUCACUGCUUAUGUUACACGCUUCAAGUUUGGAUCUGGAUAGUUCAGAUGCUGCAAACCAUAUCUCCUCCCAUAUUACGGCAAAUUUAUAUAACUUGCCAGACUAUAAAGUUAUCAUACUUUAUGAGAAAUUAAAAAACAAUGUAAAAGGACUAUUUGGGAAAAAUUAAAAGACUUUACAUUUGCAAAGGAAUAUGAAUUUUGAAAAAGGUCACACAUCUCUUUAACUUAGUUCCCUUAUCUACUAUUUGGAACAGUUGGAAGCUGUAGUCCAAAAAAUUAAGAAUAAAACAUUCCCAGGGAGGUCCAGGGGAAGAACCCAGAUUCAAGUGGCCAAAGGAAUUUUGACCUUAGAAACUGGGCACUCGGCCUCUGCCUCACUGUCAAUGCAGGCACCAACCAGUUAGCUACCUUGUUUCCAUCCCCCUUCUUAAGGCUAAUAUUUCUCCUUCAGGAACAUGGGGUGUAAAUACCAUUAGCUAACCCACUCGUAUCCCAAACAGCCAAAGUCGGCAGCCUCGCCCCAUUGAGGCCAAUGGAACCCCUGCCAUUCCUUACAUGCUCUCUUCUGUUUGCUUUUGAGAUGGUCUCUCAGUAAGCCAGGACAGCCUGGAACUAUAGGAUUAUAGGGAUGAGCCACCAUGCCUGACUAUUAAAGACCUUCAUUCUUACA